UAACAAAUUCGACAGUGAUACACCAGCCACCAUAAUGUGCGCGUGUAGGCAAAGAAAAUCCUUCCUGAUCGAGGAUAUCCUGCAGGAUGUUAAGAAGAAACCGUACAAAAGAACUCUAAGCCAGGAGCCGACGAAACCACUGACGUGUACUACUGAGGUCAAAGAGCAUAGAGACGAUGAUAAAGAUAACACGACAAAGUUUAAUGUAAUAUGCGAAGUACAAAAUGAAAUGGAUUUCACGAAAAUCAAUCUGGAACAGAGAAGGAACACGUACCCGCUGCAACCCACACCGAUCAAGGCCAACCUACCAUGGACGUACAGAGGGAAAGAUCCAGUGUACCAGAUCAGUUAUUACAGCGAGCCGAUGCUAAACAGUAAUCAGAUACUAAGAAACCAGUUGAUAGCGAAUAGAUACGUAACGCAUCCGUACCCGCUGCGGCAGACGUUCGGAUUUGAUAGAGUACCUCCAAACUGCUGCAAUCCGUGGUGGGGCUUGGGAGGCAGACAUAUUUUACUGAGUAUAGUAAAAACGUGGUUCCAAAACCGUCGUGCCAAGUGGCGCAGGACGACUCCUGACUCCGCUGAUGCAGGGAGCCCGCCCACCGCUGACGAAGGCUCCGACGACGACGUGCACAUAGCUGACGAAGACUGA